AUGUGUGAAUUAUUUUCAUCGACCUAUAAAUUAAAUCCAUCAUCGGUAUCAUUAUGUGAUCGAUUGAAACAACGAUAUGGAAAUUAUCAACAGAAUUUACAAUCAUUAUUUCAUGAUGAUUUACAAAAGAAAAAUACUCGAGAUAUUGAAUUUAUUCGAUAUAUUGUUAAUUAUAUUAUUGAACAAGCUAAACAUAAUAUUGUUAUAUCGGAAUUACCUGAUGUUAUUCGAACCUUACACAAUGAAGCGAAGGAUGUUAUUCAAAAAAAUCAAACGAUAACAUUAGAAGAAGCGAUUGCUCAAGUACAAACAGUCGGUUCAAUGAAAUAUCCAUAUUUAAAAAAAUUGAAACCAAUACGUACUGAAGAUUUUGUCAAUGAAGUUAUACGUGAAGUAUUCGAUCGUCUAGGAACUAUUAUCACGUUAGAUAUGAUUGAAAAUAUUUGUCGAUUUACUACUUGUUCAACUAAACAGUUACUUCAUACAAUGGUUGAUAAAUAA